AUGCAAAGUGAUGGAGUUACUGGCGAUCUCGUGGUGAAGUCCGGCUAUAGCACAACAGGAAGUCCUGGAACUGUUUCUAUUGUGGGCGGGUCGUCUGGUCGACUCUCAGGAUCAUCGAUUGCUGUGGCUGCCGGACACGGAUCGUUUGGUGGGUCGCUAUCUGUAUUAACAGGUUCAGGAAUGGCUAUGUCAGGAUCUGCAGUGAUUCAGACUGGAAAAAGCGCCGUGUCAACAGGUUCAAUUACCGUAUCAAGUGGCGCUUCCGGCACUGGAUCGUCCGGUGAUGUGAGCGUCUUGUCUGGAAACUCAUCGACUGGACAAACUGGAAGUAUAAUGGUUGCAGUUGGGCUUUCAAAAACUCGCGAAGGUGGCUCAAUCAGUCUUUUGAGUGGAAAUGGCACCAGUACCGGUGGUUCGGUCGUCAUCCGUUCGGGAUACGCGAAUCGUGGAACUACAGGAGACUUAAGUAUUUCAACUUCUGCAGCUGGCAAAGAAAGUAGCUCUGCUGGUAAUGCUGUGUUGUCCGUCGGCACUAGUAACGCGGCUUGGGGCGGCAAUGCCACAAUGCGAGGAGGACCGAAUCGGCUACGAGGUGGAGACGUUAAUUUUGUGGCUGGGGAAAGUUCCCAAGCAGUUGGUGGCACUGCUAACGUUACGUCGGGUAUCGGUCUUUUGAGCAGUGGUGCCCUCACGGUGAGCACACCAGAUUCCAGUAGUACAGGUGCUUCGGGGUCUGUUGUUGUUUCCACCGGCUUAUCAGCUUCUGGGACCAGUGGGUCUAUAGCACUGAGCACUGGAAUAUCUUCAGGACAAGCUGGGGGCUCAAUAUCUAUGCUUGUUGGCGCUGGUACUCGUGCGCCAGGUGGGUUAAUUAACAUUACCAGUGGAAAUAGCUACAGUGGCACAGGCGGUUCAAUCUUCCUACACAGUGGAUUUGGAACAUUGUCAUCCAGUGGCUCCGUGUACAUUGAGACUGCAGCUGCCGGGGUCAUGGGUCAAUCUGGUGCAGCUAGUAUCGCUACAGGUUAUUCCGACGUUGCCGAUUCGGGAAAAGUCGAUGUGACUACUGGCAGUUCUCAGAUGAGAAAAGGUGGAAGUAUUGAACUAGCAGUCGGAAGUUCUGGGUCUGUUCGUGGAGGCGACGUGAUAGCUGCAGCAGGAAAUAGUUCUGAUGUGGGGGGGUCGUUUGUUGCUGUGGGUGGGCUUGGCUCCCAAACAGGUGGUCAGAUUUUGCUUAAAUCCGGUGGAAGUAGUGUUGCUAGCUCUGGAAGCAUCGUCAUCUCGACUGAGAUUUCCGGGCCAGCAGGGCACAGCGGGAGUGUAUUUAUUGCUACUGGUAGAAGUCGUGAUGGCAACAGCGGUGAUGCAUACAUUCAGACCGGAGAUGCAAUCCGCGGCAGUGGAGGCUCCAUUCAGCUGCUUGGGGGUACUGGUGAUACUGGUAAUGGCGCCAAUAUUACGAUGUCAGCCGGCAGCACACUUGACCAACAUGCAGCUGGUGGGGCUGUCUCCCUUACAAGCGGUUCUAGCGUUUACGGCUCAAGUGGCAAUGCAAAGUUUGCCACACCAGAUGCAGGUACCUUAGGGGUAUCCGGUUACAUUCGAGUAUCCACGGGUUCAGCGGCGGCUGCCACAGUGGGUGAUGUGUCCGUAACCACUGGUGGCAGUACGGGCGGUAAUGGUGGGUCGGUAUUGCUUAGCGUAGGAACGGGAAGUAGUGGUGCCGGCGGAUACAUUUCGUUGCGAUCUGGCGACACCCACACCGGUACGGGAACAGCAACUGGCACUGUGGGCGGAUCCAUUUCGCUGAGUGGAGGCAGCGGAAUGACGAGUGGCGGGUCGAUCUCGCUGCAGAGCGGCGCGGGUCUGAAGUCAUCUAGCGGUGACAUCUCGCUGACGACUCCGGACGCUGCGGUGACAAGCGGUGUGAGUGGCAGUCUGCGUCUGACGAGCGGUGCGAGUCGUGUGGGCGACAGUGGAUUGGUGUCUGUGAGCACAGGGGUAUCAACAGGCGGUCACGGCGGGUCGAUCUCUUUGUCUGUGGGCGUGGGACGGGAGGCUCGGUGA